GUAAACAUUGCUUAGUACACAGAGCACAUGUCCAGGGUCCUAGUGCCGGUGGUCAAGACGCUUGGGCAGGAGACACCACAUGAAAGAUGUCCACUCUCCACCAUGCCAGCUGUUUCUGCUCUCAAUGUCCUGGAAACCAUGCCGGAGCUGUGACAUUUGUGGUGGGCGCAUUGGAUGGGGACCCCGUGAAAUUAAACCUUCUGAAGGAUUAUGUCUCCAGGGCUCUCUACAACUUGGUCAGCAGCUUCAGAGUGUCAUCAUUCAAUGUCAUCUACUUCUCUGAGGAGAUCUAUAAGUGGUGUGACCGCACGGUGACAUGGACUCCGCAGACCGCCAAUCAGGCCAUUUCAUGGAUCCGGACACUUGCCUGCGAAUCUGGUGCUGAGCCCACUGAAGCCUUGGCUGCAGCAUUCGAGGACCCAUCAUGUCAGACAGUGUACAUGGUGAUGGACGCUCUACCGCCCCGAAUUCUACAGAAUAUCUACGACUUUCUCGCCAGAGAUGAGAAUACAUGCUCUGUGAAUGUGGUGUACCUACUGGAAGAGCCGCAUGAUUGGAAGAGAGAAGGUUCCUUCCGCACAAUUAAUCUAAAGCCGCUCGGAUCUUCGAAUAAGACCAGGAUUAAUGCGUAUCAGAGACCCAGCCAGUAUUGUCCAUCAUCAUCCUCAUCUUCUUCAUGCACAUUCUCUACAGUUGUCUCCUCUGAACCUCAGCUGGAACCAAUUAACUGUUGUGUUCAUCCAAAAGAAUCUCCAUUUAGUUCAAUCCCUGUGCACUUAGCACCAGAAGCGCUGAGUCUGUUGAGAGGUACUAGGGUACUGGCUCGCAGAGGUACCGAUGGACUUUACUACAUGGGUCACAUUGCCCGAGAGGUAGAGGGCUCCAGUGACCGGUUCCUUGUGGAGUUUGAGAAAAGCCACUCAUUGAAAGGCAAAAGUCAGUUUCGUAUGCAAGAAACACCAGUUUGUGAUAUCAUCCACUAUGAAGAUGCAAGAUGGAGACCGCUAGUUCCAGGAGACCAUGUUCUAGCACCAGUAGAUGCCAAAAUGGAGCAGUAUGGACCUGGUACUGUUCUCCAAGGAACAGAAACCCGAGCCCGUGGCUUAGCUUUUGACAGCACAGGAGUCCUAGUGACUUUCUGGAAUGGGAGGACUAAGCAAGUUCCUCCUGGACUGGCCAUAUUGAUCCCUCAGAUUUUGAGUGACCGUAUUACCUUGGAGCUCUAUAUUCCUCCUGAAACCCAUAAGAAGCUGAUAGAAUCCUGCACCAGUUUCCCCUUUAUGGGCACUAGCAACAAACAUCAAGAUUAUCAGACAGAAGAGAAAUAUGGUGGCCCGGAAUCUCAUAUGUGUCUAUAUUGUGGACCCAAUACUGGUGUUUGCCAAAAAUGUCAUGUGCCUGAGGAGCUAUGGGUUGCCCUCAGGAAUUCACUUAACCACAUCAGUCAAAUCACAUCGACUAAAGAAAAAUCUUUCAAAAAGGUGGACAAAGCUUCUAGAAAAGAUUUCCAAUUAGAUCCUGUCAAGGAGAAGUCGAAACCUCAGAAGAGGAGCAUACAGGACCAUGGAAGCCACCAGAUAAGUAGACAUAAGGAACCUCUCGUCUAUAGUAAAGACACGCAGACUGAAACACUCAACACUCCGGAAAUAUCUUAUAACAAAAUAAGCAAUGGUGAUACACUGGGAUCAUCAUAUAAACCCUCAACUUCAAGUCUCAAAAACAGGAGUCAUCUCCAAGAAACUUUGCAGCGCAUUGAAAAGGCAAUGAAAGAAGAUCGCAAGGCGAUGGAGUCUGUAAUUCUUGAACGGAGGCCACGCUCUGUUCCUCUGAAACUAAAUUAUGAAGCUAAAGUCAGGAGGACUCAGGAGCUGAGAGAACAAAAGGAACUGGUAACAGCAGAACUGCAGAGGAUGGGAGUAGAGGAGAGACAGAAGAGACGGGUAGAGAAGAUUCAGGACCUGGAACAGCGGGAACUGAUGCUCCAGGAUAGCAGACGGCUGCGUUCACAACAAAGAAUCUUGCUUGACUUGGAGAAGAAACAAGAUCAGAAGGGAUUGGAGGCUCAAAAAUCUGAAUCCCGCAGAGCCGCAGCCGAAGAGAGGAGCCGUAAGCAAGAUGAAGACUUGCGGAAUGAGUGGAGGAAAGAAGAUCAGAAAAUCCAUUUCUGGAAGGACCUUAGGAUGCAGCGAGAGAAUCUGUAUGAGGAGGAGAUCCAUAAACAGCAGGAAAAAGAAGAGAAGCAUAAAGAGCUGCUCCACAAUCAGAUGAUUACACAACAACGAGAGGCAGAUUUCCCAGACAGAAGAGGAAACCAGCAACUGCAGAAACAGUCCAAGCACAGGGUCUCGAAGAGACUGGAGCAAUUCUAUCAGCAGGCUGAGCAGCAGUCUCAGAAGGACAAGGAUUUACAGCAGUAUCUUAAGGAGCACAAUCUGAAGGCUCCUCGAUCAGCCAUGGUUCUUUGAGAACUGCAAUAUGAGGACAUCUGCUUUUGUUCUCUUAAAGGGGUAAAACACAUGAAUAUAUUACUGUUUUUUAACAGGUAUAUACAAAGUGCUGCUGUAUAGAUGGAAAAGCUAGAAAGAGAGCGUCCUCAGUUGUGGAUAACUUAUAAUGAUGACAAAUAGCAAACCUACAAGACUACCUGGGGCUCUUCAUCAGGCAUACUGUAGAUUAACACCGUUCAAAAACACAAUAAAAACCGCGCUGCUCUCAUUUAGCAGGAACAGGUUCAAUCAGUCCAAAGUACAUGGAGAGUCUCUUGACGUAGUCAAUCCCUGGUUAACAGAAGUGGACUCCAAACAAAUCUCUGCCCCUAUAUCCUAUAUUUAACCAGAAAAGGAGCA